AACACCGAGAGCAUUUGGUUUGCUUUUCUCUCCGCAAACAAUGCGCACUCAACUCUGAUUGGUCCAGCGGGUUCACGUGGAACUUCCGGGCCAGUCACAAACGCGUGCGCAUUGCAUGCGGUGAGGAAAGCAACGAGCUCUACGUCAGCAGCUCCGCACUCUGUGCGUCUGUCUCCUGGAUAAAAAUGCGCCCAGCCAUUCAUUGCUACGGGUUUCCCUGCCUGAACUGAAUGGCCCUUCCUGCGCCGCCUUCCUCCUUUAUUUCCUUUCAUAUCUGACUACUGGCGAGAUACCGCUCCAGCGAUGGGACUCGAGGCCGUAUAACGUUACACCGCAAAGAUACCCGGAGUGCCCGAGAUAUGCUGAACUUUCAAAGUAAUGCCCCAGGAUGCUAAGCCGACGGGCAAAGCUUCAUUGUUCGGAGGAGCGCAAGUGUUCUGCGCUCCCAUUCCCCAGCUCGUCCGGUGUUGCUUUGUCUUUAACUUGUCGUGCGAGGCGGACGGCGCCCAGUCGCGAGCCUCUCGACCGGAGGUGGACCCGGUGAAGAUGAGCCUGCAUGGUGCCAGCGGAGGCUUCGACCGCUCCCGAGACCGCCGCCGCUCCAGCGACCGCUCCCGCGACUCCUCCCACGAGCGGGGCGAGAGCCAGCUAACGCCCUGCAUCAGGAACGUCACCUCGCCCACCCGCCAGCACCACAGCGACCGCGAGCGGGACCCCAGCUCCUCAUCGCGGCCCACCAGCCCCCGUCCCCAGCGGGUGUCGCCCAACGGCUCCAGCAGCAGCGGCGUGAUGAGCAGCCGCAACAGCAGCCUGUCCAGCAGCGAGGGCACCUGCAAGAGCCUGGGCCCGGGCCUGGGGCUGGCCCCCGGGGAGAUGGUCUUCGUCUACGACACCCCCAAGGAGGGCGCCCGCAGCGUGCGCACCUCCGAGAGGGUCACCCUCAUCGUGGACAACACGCGCUUCGUGGUGGACCCCUCCAUCUUCACGGCACAGCCCAACACCAUGCUGGGCAGAAUGUUUGGCUCUGGAAGGGAGCACAAUUUUACUCGACCCAACGAGAAGGGAGAGUUUGAGGUGGCAGAAGGAAUCAGCUCUACGGUUUUCAGAGCCAUUCUGGAUUACUACAAAUCUGGGAUAAUCCGCUGCCCUGAUGGAAUCUCCAUUCCAGAGCUGAGGGAGGCGUGCGACUAUCUGUGCAUCUCCUUCGACUACAGCACCAUCAAGUGCAGGGACCUCAGCGCACUCAUGCACGAGCUCUCCAACGACGGGGCGCGCCGACAGUUCGAGUUCUACCUGGAGGAGAUGAUCCUGCCGCUGAUGGUGGCCAGCGCGCAGAGCGGGGAGCGCGAGUGCCACAUCGUGGUGCUGACGGACGACGACGUGGUGGACUGGGACGAGGAGUACCCGCCGCAGAUGGGCGAGGAGUAUUCGCAAAUUAUUUACAGUACAAAAUUGUACCGUUUCUUCAAGUACAUAGAAAAUCGAGAUGUUGCCAAAUCGGUUUUAAAGGAAAGAGGUCUGAAGAAAAUCAGAUUAGGCAUUGAAGGUUACCCCACGUACAAAGAGAAGGUGAAGAAGCGCCCGGGCGGGCGUCCCGAGGUCAUCUACAACUACGUGCAGCGGCCUUUCAUCCGCAUGUCCUGGGAAAAGGAGGAGGGCAAGAGCCGGCACGUGGACUUCCAGUGCGUCAAGAGCAAGUCCAUCACCAACCUGGCGGCGGCGGCCGCGGACAUUCCUCAGGACCAGCUGGUGGUCAUGCACCCGGGGCCCCAGGUGGACGAGCUGGACAUCCUCCCCAACCACCCGCCUCCCGGCCACAGCUACAACGGCAACAACGAGCCAGACGCCGACGCCCCCUCGCCUGCCAUCUGAGACCAGGACACGCCUACUUUCCCAAACCCCACCCCCUUUCUCCCCCUCCCAUUUGCCCUCCCCCCUCACAGCAUGCUGCAGCCAGGAGCGAGAGUGGCACCUUGACCACACUGCCUUGGCCCCUCCUCCACAGCCUUAGAGCCUCAAGGACCUGGUCUACUGUAACGGCCCCGAAGAGGGACGCAGGACACUCGCGAGCGGCCGAUUCGUCGUCCUCUCUUCGCUUUCUUGUGUUUUUUGUUUAGUUUGUUUUUUUUACUUAACCAAAGGAAAUUUUUAUUUUUUAUCAGGUACACAAAAAGGAAUUUAGGAAA